UUUGCGUUUCAAAUUAUAAAUUAUAUAAAAAUGUGUUGUAAUUUGUGAAGUUUCGAAUUUAUCUCAUAAUCUUUUAUCCCUCAUACUACAUUUCAAUUAUUGCUCAAUGUGAUUUACAGCCUACGGACUGCUACGGACGGUCGAGGAAUUUCAAUGAUUAUAGGCGUGUUGUAAUGUCGCAAUCGUUCAUGUAAUGUUCUCACGAUAUUAAAUAAGGUUUAUUACUUACAUAGUUCACGCAAUAUUUAUAUAACCGCAUAAAUUCUUCUAUUACUAAAUACUCGAUCAAUGAAUUAUUCUGCCUAGUGUUUUGUUUACAAAUAAAUUAAUAUUGAUUAAAAAAGUUUUUACUAUAAAAGUUUGAUAUAUUCUUAUUCACGAUGCCGAGGAAAUUGUUAAAGUUUCUCAUAGUGUUUGACAACACGUCUCUCCUCUAUUUUCCUGGCCAAUUCUUAUCAGGAAAAGUGUUGAUGGAACUGCAGGAUGAUACUCCAGUGCUUGGUCUCCAUUUUCAUGUGAUCGGUGAAGGAGUAGUGAGGGUUGGAUCUGGUCGUCAUGAGAGACUCUUCGACAAGGAGAACUAUAUUGACUUCAGAAUGCGACUGCUGGGUGAACCAGGUCAUGGAGCAUCAAUCCUAUCUCCUGGCAUCCACAGUUUCCCUUUCAAGCUCGGUCUGCCUCUGGGUCUGCCAUCCACGUUCCUCGGUACACACGGCUGGGUCCAGUAUUACUGUAAGGCAGCACUUAGAGAGCCCAACGGAUUAACACACAAAAACCAGCAGGUUUUUAUUGUCAUGAACCCCAUUGAUCUCAACUUGGAGCCUCCAGUGUUAAGUCAAGAGUUCUCCCUAAGCGUGGAACAUAAACUGGGCGUGGGGUGUGUGGGGGGCGGGGCCGUGUCGUGCACGGUCAGCAUCGACCGCGGCGCGUACGUGCCCGGACAGAGCGUCGUGCUGUCCGCCCACGUCGUGAACAACUCGCGCACCGCCAUCAAGUGUACGAGGGCUUCGCUCACUGAGACGAUCCAGUACGUGGCGAGUGGGCGCGUGGCGGCGCGCGAGGUGCGGUCGUUGUCUGCUCGAGCUCGGGGGCGAAUCCGUGCAGGCGGGGAGGAGCGCUGGGACCGCGAGCUGCUGUACGUGCCGCCGCUGCCGCCCACCAACCUGCGCGGCUGCCAUCUCAUCUCCGUGCAGUAUGACGUGCUGUUUAUAAUCGAACCGAAGAGUCUGGAGAAGCCAGUGAAACUGCAGCUACCAAUCCUGCUGGGUACAUACCCGUUUGGGGACGCGCCGGACGAGGCACCCACACACUACCCCAGCACGCUGCCCAUCUUCAGACCGUGGUUACACGAGAAACAGAACCAGUAAGAAACUACCUGCAGGGGUCGCAGGGUCACCAUAGAAACGGUUUCUUUCUACGGAAGAAUAGACACAGUGACAGGUAGACAAUGGAAAUCUGCCAUUUAGUCGAUAAAAUAUUAUCAGUAUGUUGAUUCUUUCCCAUGUCUACUGUUGUUAUGCUAGCCCUGCUGAUGUUGAGAGAUGUAAGUUAAAACAGUGUCAGUAAUGGCAUUAUAUGAUUAUAAUUUAUAACUUAAAGUAAAUAUUUAAAAAAACGCUAAAAAUAUAGGCUCAUAAAAUUAACCCAGUUUAAAUCCCCUAUUUUAGCGUGGUGAUACUAAAGACAGCGCUGUAAAUACGAGUUUUUAAAUUACUGCCAUGUGCUAGAUAUUCAUGCUUAUGAGCCGAAAUAGGCGGCAAAAACAUUCCAAAUUUCAAAUAAAAUCCGCCGAUUUCAGCGUUGUGGUGACUCGCACUUCUGUGUUUUGGCCUUAGUUCGAAAUUAUAUUUUUAUCGCUGCUUUUACUAACACCAAUCUAAAAAAGGUUUCAUAAAAACUGCACGGGCCGAACGGCGCGAAAGGACGCCGAUAUCGUUUACUUGUUUCUUGAUUGAUUUUAUCAAGAAAUUAUGUCUGUAAAAUAUUAUUUUAGAUAAACAAAAAGUUUUAACACUUUUAUAAAAAAU